AAAUUUUCGAGCCGUCAAAAAGUCAGCAGGAGAGAUUUUUAUCGAAAAACUUUCGCAAGCUGGUGAUGUUUACAUCCGAAUUUUCUCCAGAAAUUAAUUUCUAUCAGUCUGUUUAAUCAAUACAUUCCGUUUACGGUAAGGAAUUUAAACUAGGGCCAGCCCUAGCAAGUGCACUGUCCCGUCGGAUUCCAUUCGCUAAAUGGCCAAAUCCUUGUUCGGAAAUCGAGAUCACGAAGGAUACGUGGGCAAAGAUGAGCAUAUGAAAAAACUGGAAUCAGCCAACUCGGAGGACGAUGGGGAGCUGGUGGAACUCACGGAAGGACUGCACAUUAGUGAGGGUUUGCGCCCAACGGCAGGCGGGCCAUUCUCGGCGCUGACUCCGUCGAUGUGGCCCCAGGACAUUCUGGCCAAGUUGGGCCAGCCGGAUCCGAAUGAACCGCCGAAUCACCAGCCGGACUACCGGUUCGAUGAGUUCGGAUUCCGCGUUGAGGAGGAAGAUGGCCCGGAGCAGAGUUCGAACAAGCUGUUGAGCAUUCCUUUUAUGGAGGAUCCUGCCCAGCGUUUGCAGUGGAUUGCCCAUUUGGAGUUCUCGCACAAUAAAGAGGCCACGGAGCUGACCUGGGAAAGCGUGGACGUGGUGCUUCCACGAACGGAGAAGCUGAGGAACAUGGUACGGGCAGGAAUUCCCCAUUCGCUGCGGCCUCAGAUGUGGAUGAGGCUUUCCGGAGCACUCCAGAAGAAGCUCAAAUCCGAAACAUCCUACCAGGAGAUUGUGAAAGCUUCGGAGAAUGAUGCCCUGAUGACGUCGAAGCAGAUUGAGAAGGAUUUGCUGCGCAUCAUGCCGACGAAUGCUUGCUUCAGUUCGUUGAGCAGCACCGGAGUUCCGCGAUUGCGUCGGAUUUUGCGGGGCAUUGCAUGGCUCUAUCCGGACAUUGGAUAUUGCCAGGGGACGGGAGUGAUUGCCGCGUCCCUCUUAUUGCUCCUAGAAGAGGAAGACGCAUUCUGGAUGAUGGCUACCAUUGUGGAGGAUUUGCUGCCGGCUUCGUAUUACUCGUCGACCUUGCUCGGCAUUCAGGCGGACCAAAGAGUGAUGCAGACGCUGAUCGGGAACUAUCUGAGCGUGGUGGACGAAACGCUCAAGAGUCACGACAUUGAACUUUCGCUCAUUACGCUGCACUGGUUUCUGACGCUGUUCGCGAGCGUGGUGCACAUGAAGAUUCUGCUGAGAAUCUGGGACUGGUUCUUCUACGACGGAUCGAUCGUACUGUUCCAGCUGACGCUGGGGUUGCUGAAGAUCAAGGAGCCCUCGCUGAAAAACCUCGAAAAUUCCGCCCAGAUAUUCAACUCCCUGUCGGACAUUCCCGGCGACAUCGACGAUGUGGAGCAUCUGUUCUCGAUUUCGAUGGAAGUGGGAGGAUCGCUGUCGCCGAUGGUCAUCGAAACGCACCGGCGCCGUCAUCUGGCUUAUUUGAUGGCCGAUCAGGGAGGACUGGUUGGUAAUCCGGAGGCGGGUUCCAAUCUACCGAAGCAACAUUUGGCUCGAAGGCAGGUGAAGAAAUCCAAAUCGAUGCUUCAGAUGAUUUUGUUCGGGAACGACGACGGAGAUGAUGAGCUGAAGAACAAGAACAUUCGACAGACGGAGAUUCUGGUGGAUCUGAGGGAGGCGAUUCUCAAAGUGGCGAGGCACUUUUUGGCUAUUGAACCGAAGCUGAGCGCGCAUAUCAAGCUGGUGGCGGACUAUAGCAUGGAUAGCCACGCCAAGGACCACGAGAACUUUAUCAACGUGUCGAGGACGCGUAGUAGACGGGCCAAGGCGCUGCACGACUUUGAGCGCCACGAUGAUGACGAGUUGGGAUUCAGGAAGAACGAUAUCAUAACGAUCAUUAGCCAGAAAGACGAACAUUGCUGGGUGGGAGAGUUGAACGGAUUACGUGGCUGGUUUCCUGCGAAAUUCGUCGAACUGCUGGACGAACGGAGCAAGCAGUACAGCUGUGCGGGAGAUGACGCCAUUUCCGAGACGGUUACGGAUCUGGUCCGAGGAACCUUAGCUCCAACAAUCAAGCAGGUCCUCGAGCAUGGCAUGAAGCGUCCGUCUUUCCUUGGAGGUCCUUGCCAUCCGUGGCUGUUCAUUGAAGAAGCCGCCACCCGCGAAGUCGAGAAAGACUUCGAGUCGGUCUAUUCCCGUCUGGUCUUAUGCAAGACCUACCGCCUUGACGAAGACGGCAAGGUUCUAACUCCGGAAGAGCUGCUUUACCGUUGCGUCCAAGCGGUCAACCAAAGUCACGAUGCAGCUCACGCCCAGAUGGACGUAAAGUUACGUUCCCUCAUCUGUCUCGGCCUCAACGAGCAGGUGCUGCAUCUGUGGAUGGAAGUGCUGUGCAGCUGCUCGGAGAUCGUACACAAGUGGUACCAACCGUGGAGUUUCAUCUACUCGCCCGGCUGGGUGCAGAUCAAGUGCGAACUUCGCUUACUAUCGCAGUUCGCCUUCAACCUCAACCCGGACUGGGAGCUGCCGGCCAAGCGGGAGGCCACCCAGAGUCAACCGCUCAAGGACGGAGUGCGCGACAUGCUCGUCAAGCAUCAUCUCUUCUCGUGGGAUCUUUAGAUAGACGAGAUUCUAACCCGUAGCUAGCGAAACAAAGUGCUUUCGAAGGACGAAGCACCUUAAAUUUUAUGUGUUGUCUAAACUUUCAAAGUGAGAUUUUUUAUUUAUUUAGUUUCGUUUAAUUUAUUAACGUUUCUUAAAGUUUACCGACCGAAGCCACUCACUCAUGCCUUUAUAUUUUAUCUCCUCCUAAGCACCAUUCCUAUAUCGACAGCGGUUUUGGUCUGCUGCAGUAUUCUUUUUAACUAGGGUAAAAGCACCGGUUUUGGCCAGCC